AUGUGUAAGCAUAUACAGAAAAUCUUUAUGUGUGGCCACGCCAUAAUCAUUGUAUCGGAAUGGUGCUUGAAGUAUCAACAGUCUUUGCAAUCAAGCAUGCGAUGCCCACCCAACAUGUGUUAUCAAAUAAAGAAAGAUAGUCUGUGCUGUAUGUAUUUACUUUUGCUGCAAUAUCGGCGAGCUUGCUAA